AUGGCGAAACCGACAUCGAAGACGGGCCGGGGUGGGCGUGGGGCAACACGGGUGUCAGACACCGCGAAGACCAAUAACACAUCCAGCUCUACGCCACCAAACACCAACCAGACCCAGACCACAGUGGCCAAGCGCACCAGAUCUGGGGUGCGGAAAGCCGUUCAGACGUCCGAGUCGGUGGAGGCUACUACUUCUAGCACAAACUUGAAUGUCGGAACCACCACUCCAGAGACUCAACUUGAAGAAGGCAUCAAUCCUCCCGAAAAGCACAACCGUCCGGCAUCGACUUUUGUGAGUCUACGUGUUCCGUCCGAAGGUCUUCGACGAUCGGCUGCGUCUCGUGGUCCGUUCGUCACCCUCAAGCUUGCACCCAGCGCUCUUCGAUCUGUUGUAGAAAAGUCCGGCAGCCCUUCGUCGGCCAACACACCCACGAGUUCUCAGGCAACGGACGACUACGAACUUGUUACCGGUACUGCUGCUGCAAUUGGACCAUCGCGUGAGCUAUAUCAGACAGACAACCACCUUGGAGCUGGUCUAGUCGAGGGUGAAAGCACAGCAACAACAUCAGAUCGCGCAACAUCCCCCACCACGUUGGAUUCCCGCCAGACUCAUUCUACACUGGUCGCGCCGCACUCUCAGGAGGUGGCAGCCAGCUCGCAAGCAAUGGCCCCCGUCAAAGACACCAGCAGCGUACACAACACCAUCAAGGACAUUAUCCAAGAGCUGACCGACAUCCAAAUCCAGACUCAUGGCUAUGUUCCCGAAACUCAGGACUUGUUGGUGGACAAGAUGACCGAGCUGGCCGAGUCCCUGUCACGUCUGCAGAAUUUGACUUCGACCACGGCGUCGCCCAACAGCUACAUCCACAAUGUCCAGAUUGCACCCGAGAUUGUUGACUACGUGGAUGAUGGCCGCAACCCUGAUAUCUUUACUCGAGACUUUGUGGAAAAUGUCCAGCGGGGCAAUGCGGUGAUCAACGGCAAACAGCACGCUUUUGCGGAGUUCGCCAAAAUCUAUGCAAAGGCUCUGAAGGAGGGCAUCCCCGGUGUUGCUAGCCAAGUCGACAAAGUCCUUGCGAAUGCUGGCCUCGAGCUCGAACCGGAGGAAAAGGCAAACCCGGGUGCGGAUGCCGAUUAUUCGAGCAUUAAUGGCGUCCACAAGGCCGAGGGUAUCUGA